AUGCACCCUGCUCCCACUCUAGCAGAGCUCUUGAAGUCGGAUGAUCCCCGCGCCCAGCAGCAGGUACCUCAACAACACCAACUACAACCGCAACAGGAGGAGCACCCGCGACAGCACGGCCACCUGCAAGAUCAGCAGUUGGCCCAACCGCCGGACGGGCAGAUUGAACAUGGUCAGCCACCCGGCACUCACUCGCCGGCGCCGCUUGGUUCCCCGCAACCCAUCAGAAAGGACACUGCCUCGUCAACCUCCACGACCGGCACUGAUGCCACGGUCACGACGGCGGCGACCAGCGACAGCAGCUCAACGGCUUACAGCGUAGAGUCGUCACAGUCCAUCUUCUCGGUCCGAGAUGGCGCUGAAGUCUCGUCCAACCGCCGCGCCAGCCGCCGCCGCACCGGGCCCCUCUCGGCUGCGCAGCGAGAGAAAGCUGCCCUGAUUCGAAAACUGGGUGCUUGUGCGGACUGUCGCAGAAGGCGAGUAGCUUGCCACCCGAACCAUCACAACAUGACUUGGGAAGAUGCCAUCAAGAAGUAUCAAAGGGCUCAUAGUCCCAUGCAGGAGCUUGCACCCCUGUUAGGCCGCCCCAUCAGCCCGGCCUCGAACCACCUACGGCACAGCUAUACUCAGGAUCCCCAGGAGAUGGAUAUCGACUCAACCCCAACGCCUCCGGUUCACCAGACCACACCGGGGCGCCCGCCUCUCGGUGACUCCCGAAUCCGGACUCCCUUACCGUCGGGACCGCGCCCAGACAGGACCAUGUCGAUACCUUCGUUGGCGGCUGCUCCGAUUAUGCCUACAGCCCUGCCUAAUAUCGACUUUGUCAGGUCUGAAUUAGAGACUGCUGCCUCGAGACUACUCUCCGGGCCGCACAGUGGGAGAUACAGCACCGUGCUGGCACUUCUCAUUUGCUGGCAAGAUGACGAUACCUCUGGUGUUUUCAGUGCAGUGGAAGACCUAGCCGCCGUGUUUCGCGACUAUCUCUUUACUCUGGAGAUCAUCAAGAUUCCUCCGUCUUCGUCAGACGGCUGCAAAAACUCGGCAAGGUGGCUGUCGCGAACACUGAACGACUUCACGGAGAACAACGAUACGAGAGACGUCUUGAAGAUCGUGUACUACAAUGGCUGUACCUACUUGGACGAUGGUGAGAUGGUCCUCGCUAGCCCGAACGACCGCGAGAAAGCUUCGAUCAUCAAGUGGAGUGGCAUCCAGGAUUUCUUGGAAGGGGCAUGCUCCGAUACACUGGUUAUCUUUGAUGCAGCAUAUCAUCCCUCUUCGAAGAUGACUCGGCAACAGGGGGUUCUAGAGUUGAUUGCUGCUUCUGCCUCCGAAGAGCAUCUACAUCAACUCGGCAGGAAUACCUUCUCAAGGGCCUUGGCCCAGCAAUUGCGGACCCGAGCAAGCCAACGAUCCCCCAACGUUCUCUCCGCAGCGGAGCUAUACUCGAAACUUUUGCCCGCGUACACCAAAAUAGUGCAGGAGCAUAAUUCCGAUGGCCGUGCUGCGAGUGUCCCCAUGCCAUUGCAUCUGCAGAUGUCAGGGAACCCUAAAUUACCAUCUAUUACGUUAUACCCUUUGCAGGGGGCUCGGCCAAGAACUCCGGGGUUCAACUCGGAGGUUGCUAGCGGGCCCCAGCUGACCCUAUCGAUCAGGCUGACUGACGACAACCUCAACAUUGAAAACUGGGCCGAAUGGCUCCGCAUGAUGCCCGACGGGAUCAAAGAUGUCAGGGUGGUAGAAGGCCCAUUCCGUACGUUUCGGUGA